AUGGCAGCCGAUCAGCAGGACGCUAAACUCUCGACGUUCUUGCCACCGAUACGAGGCCGUCGAACUCCGUCCGCAGUUGAUGGCGUAGAGAAGAUCGGUCUACUUAAACCCGAUUUUCUUCUAAUUCCUGGGCGCCAGACGGCAAUGUGUUUGCCAUUGUCUUACCAUCAGAGACACGUGUUCGACAUCAGAAAGGGCUGGAAUCGUCUAACAAUCGCUUACAAAGACCUUUCGGAAUCCUACAAACGUAGAAACGAUCUAGAGUGCAAACGAUCUCUGCUAUUGGAAUGCAGAGAGAUGGAGAGAUUGAAAACCAGACUGACGCUAGGCGAAGAAGUACAGAGAAAAUACCCGGAUUUUAAAAUUUGUACUAAGACUAUAUCUGAGCUUCGGAGUGUUUUGGAACGUGUAGAACGUUACCUUCAUCUUGUUUCUAGUGCAUUUUACGAGGAGAUAUUAACUACUCUCUUGCCAUUGUUAGGGGACUUGUUGUCAGACAUCAAGAUGAAGUGCUUUGACGUGUAUUGGAGAGUAGAGGACAGUCAUGAGAUGUCUAACUUGAUGUCGUGUGCCGUUGAGUACAGCAGCAUCAUGGAUGACAUUUGUGAUCGUAAUGAGAAACGACCGUUGAAGACAAUAGUUUACUUGCUGUCGGUUUACGAACAUCCGCAUGUUAUAUCUCGGUUGGCGAUAAAUGCUUCUUGCGUGUUGAGUGAUUUAUUGCACUAUCAAGCACUAUAUGUAUCAAUGGAAAUUACUAGAUUCAUUCGUGAUGGCGGCAAAGAGGUAGAGGAACAUGUUAGGAGUCUGUCCGAGACGUUGGAUUGUGUUGCUGCUACUGCUGUGAAGUGUUUGGGCGGAGAUGUUAAGGCACUACUUUUGGAUCUUUGUAGGCACUUGAGGAAAGAUCGUCUGACAUUGUGUGGCUAUUGUAGUAAAGGGAGAGUUGGGUGUGAUGAUGCUCAAUGUACAGGGUGUUCUAUGUGUGUGAAGGGUGGUAUACUUGAACUCUGUGUUGUGACCACGUUGUGUGGUAUGCUACGUGCUAAGCAGGACUUGCUCGAUGAAACUCGGGUCUCGUGGCUUUCUGCAGUGUAUUCACAUAUGCAACUUUUCAAUCAAGAAUGUAACUGGGACAAACGUUUUUGUCAUGUUCUUGGAGUUGCAGCAUCUGACAAAUGUCUGCCAAGUCAAACUAAUGUAGAUACUCCUACUGUCUUAACAUCAACAACACACUUCCUUUUGAAUUGUUUUGAUGAACUAAAAUCACAACUUGAAGUCAUUACCGAGCACCUUUCAAAGACAAACUCGUGUCAUUGUUUACCAACUUUGAAUCGGUCCGUGCUAGUGUCUGGACUACAGCACACGUUGUGGCGGCUGUGUGAAACUCUUCGUUAUGCAUACUUGUGGCUGUUGAGUAAAUCAGGUCAAAGUUUGUCAACAUGGAAUGUCAGCAAGAUGAUUUUGUUGAUUUACUGUGAUCUUCCUGUCAUUCAAAAGAAGACAGACGAACUAAAGACAGUUAUUGAGAGUGUCAGCAAUUGUGGCCAUUUUGGUUAUCAUCACGUGACUAUUUUGGGCAUGCAGUUGUUGGAUAAAAUCAUGAUUCUAAAAACUGAAUUCCAAGAUCAGUUUGAGUGUGACUGUCACCGAAUGUGUCACGAUUUCUGGCAUCAAGCUUUUCCAUCCAAGAAGAUCUGGAGACACAAAGCAAAAGAGGGCAUCAAUGCACAUUCUGAAUAUAUCGAUUCUGCUAUUCUUCAGCUGCUCUACCCGUUUUUGUCUGGCUUGAAUAAUUUUCCAUUACAAGUUCAGUCACAAGUGCUAACUACUGCAGUCACAGUCACUGUGGAGACUUUGAAACAGCAUGUGUUUGAAAGAAAGAUUAUCUUCAGUGUGAAUGGUGCGAGGCAGCUUCAAACAGAUGUAUGUCACAUGCGUGACUGGCUCAUUCCUGACAACUGCGAUAUUGACAACUCUGUUUGUGUACACCUACAACAACUUCCCUGUUUUGCCGACUUUUCCAGAGGUAUUUCACUGCUGCUGCAGCAGCCCCAUUCUCGUACUCAAAGCAGGCUGGAUUCUGCCUACCCCGAGAGCUGCAGUUCACUAACUUGUAGUGAUCAGGGUACUUCAGACACAUUGAGUGCAGACGAGACUUGCAACUCUUCAAGAAAAGAUUCAGGCGUCAGUCAGGAGUCUGCCUUUGAUCAUGACAAUGGAAGCGAUCUUUCAGAUGCCGAGAAGUGGGUACGUCUACGGCUGCAUGGAAGUGGACGACCAAAUUGGAAACACAAGUUGAACUGCUUUCAUUCAGACAGCGACGUGUAAUUAGGCAAUAAUUAUAGAUAUUUAUAUUGAUAUGACAACAUGCAGUAUACUAAGUACUGAUAGAUGUGGAAUUAAUUCCGUGCCUAUGCCGUGGUAAUACAAUUAUCUUUUAGAUGAUAAAGGUAACUAGGUUACCUUAAUUAAUUAAUUAAUACCUGCAGAAAGGAGACUAACACGCAUGUACAGAUGGAUUUUUGGAACAUUUACUGUCAGCAUUUAGUGUACUCAAAAUACGUUUAGUAUGGAAACAUUUGACAAGUGCAAAGACUUGUAUAAUAUAACAUUCUUUUAGAGAUAAUUAUAUU